ACCACCACCGCCGCCUCCAGUGCCAGUGCCAUCGUCACCUCUACCACCGCAGCCUCCAGUCUCCGUGGCAUUCCCCCCCCAAUUCAUCUCCUCGUCCUCAGCCUGCCGCUUCGCCAACAUCAUCUGCAUCCUCAACUCCAGAUCACGCCAUUGAAUUCGUCCCCCGACCCCGUACCACCCUCGCCGGCUACCACAUUCGCCCCAGAGUCGCCUCACGCCAACAUCGGCACCUCCCAGAGCCCCCAGCCUUGCCAGCACCAUUUCGAAAAGCCAACGUCGACUUCUGCGCCGAACAUGGCACCGGCUUGUUGAUCGAGCCCACACCGAUACAAGCUCCCGCCAGACAUCACGUCCAGGCGGCAAUUCGCGACCGUCGCCCAACCUCCUCUCCAGAAGUACCGGUACCGGAACUAGUACCCUCGAUUCCGUCACCGACCCUACACCCGGCAUGCCUUCCAAGAACAGCAACAAUAGCGCGGGGCACGGCGGCAGCAACCAGGUCAGCCAUCGUCUACGCAACUUCUUCCGCAUUAAUAAUACCACCAACGGAAGCACCCUAGGUGACGAGAAGCAGAAAGACAAGGAGAGCCCGACCAAGGCAUUGUCAAACGACGAAGGUCAGGGCUCUGGGUCUGCGUCUGCGUCUGCGUCCGGGCCCACGAGGCCGUUCCGUGGCCGGUUGUACAGUAGCACCGUCGGUCGUUUUAGGUCCCAAACCGUCGCGAGCGAAGGCAACCAGCUAGAAGAGGCUCUCAGCCCAACAGCCAAUGCCAACCCCUACUUCGCCCACCAAGGCCACCCGGGCCUCCGUCACCACAACGAGGGCUCUGUGCCGCCCAGUCCGCCGGACACGCCGAUAUUCAAAAUCAGCAGCCCCGAGGAUGGCAAGAACGGCCAAAAGGCUACAGCCGAGACCAAGGAAGAGCUGGCUAGGCGGUUGAGACGGGUGGCUAGUGCCCCCAAUACGCAGCUCCUCUUCAAGAAGGACGGCGGCAAGGGGGGUGCCGAUGGUGAACGUCCGGCGACGGCAAACCUAGGCAAAGAUCCUCUCAUCGAGGACCCCUCCAAGCCAGGCUCUCUUUCGCUGCUCGAGGCUCAGUCAGAGGCGGCCAAACAUCUAUCGCUCAGUCCUCCCGUAGAGGAAGACUCUCUGGCUGCGUUGCCAGCGCCCAAUGCCAACUUGGCCUUUCGCCGAACGUACAGCUCCAACUCGAUCAAGGUCCGUUCCGUCGAGGUCAGCCCCUCGAGUUUCGACAAGAUCAAGCUCAUUGGCAAGGGUGACGUUGGCAAGGUGUAUCUGGUGCGCGAAAAGAAGAGCAAUCGCCUCUACGCGAUGAAGGUGCUGAGCAAGAAGGAGAUGAUCAAACGGAACAAGAUCAAGCGAGCGCUCGCUGAGCAGGAAAUCCUCGCCACCAGCAACCACCCAUUCAUCGUUACUCUGUAUCAUUCGUUCCAAUCAGAAGACUAUCUUUACCUCUGCAUGGAAUACUGCAGUGGUGGCGAGUUCUUCCGCGCGCUGCAAAGCAGGCCGGGCAAGUGCCUGGCUGAGGAGGACGCCAAGUUCUAUGCCGCAGAGGUGACGGCGGCCCUGGAGUAUCUCCAUCUCAUGGGGUUCAUUUACCGUGACUUGAAACCCGAAAACAUCCUGCUUCACCAAUCCGGUCACAUCAUGCUUUCGGACUUUGACCUGUCCAAGCAGUCCGAUCCUGGAGGCAAGCCGCUCAUGAUCGUUGGCAAGAAUGGGGCGAGAACCGACGCGCUGCCCACCAUCGACACACGCGCGUGUAUUGCUAACUUUAGAACCAACUCGUUUGUGGGCACAGAAGAGUACAUUGCGCCCGAAGUUAUCAAGGGGAGCGGUCACACCAGCGCCGUCGACUGGUGGACACUGGGUAUCUUGAUCUACGAGAUGCUCUACAGCACAACGCCCUUCAAGGGGAAGAAUCGCAACGCGACGUUUGCGAACAUUCUGCGGGAGGACAUCCCCUUCCCCGAGCACAAUGGCUCGCCGCCAGUGACAAACCUUUGCAAAUCUCUCAUCAGGAAACUCCUCAUCAAGGAUGAGAACAGACGCUUAGGUGCGCGUGCCGGCGCGUCCGAUAUCAAAUCCCACCCCUUCUUCCGCACCACGCAGUGGGCACUCAUUCGCCAUGGCAAGCCGCCCAUUGUACCCGCCAACAGCCUCACCAAGGGCGGCAGCGACACUCCCAACUUCCGCAAUGUCAAGGAGAGCGAGAGUGUCGAUAUUUCUGGAUCAAGACAGAUGAAGGGCGUGCCCCUGGACAGCGGCUUGGCGACCCCCGGCAACGAGAUAGCCGACCCCUUCCUCGAAUUCAACAGCGUGACGCUGCACCACGAGGGUGACGAGCAUCAAUACCACAAUGGGCAUAACGGUUCCAACCGGUAGUGGGAUGGCAAAGAAGAAAAGAAAAGAAACCUGGCAGGCGCCUAUCACUCUACUUUUGGAGACGAACGAACAGCAUAGAGGUCGCUGAAGCGGUGUAUGAUUUUUCUUUCUUUUUUUCACUUUGGUUUCCUGGCCCUCUCUUUAUCAACGAACCAUGGGCGUAGCACACGGUAUCUUGGCGUUUUGCGGGCACAAGUGAACCCGGGAAUGGAAGCACAUGUCUUUCUUAUCAGUCGCUGCAGCUCCAUUGCAGUGACGAUCCAGCGUGAUUACAUUAGACUUUACAAGAAUCAAUGUUUUCAUAUGGCUUUUUCUGCAAGAGUGUAGCUCAAGGAACAUCAUGUGCCGAGUG